ACUAUUGUCCAUCAGUUUGCUCUAGUGCAUCCAAUAAGUGCAUAAGAAGUUGCUCUUCGUCUUGAUGAAUAAAAGCUAUUGUAUUACUUGUGAUAUAUAUAAGUCUAUUUAUGUCAAUUAUCGUGUCCAUAAAAAAUAAUCUGACUGAAUAAUCGGUCAGUAGACUCGAAUCUUUACAAUCGUUUAAUCAAAGGCAAAAUGGAAUAAUAGAAGAGUCUUAGCAUCAAUCACUGUACCGAUGUUUUAACUUUGCGUACCGUACUCAGUCCUCAGUGUAGGCUAGUCGGUCGCCUCUAAGUGUAGUCGCCGAAUAAUUGACACUUAAAAAAAAAUUCAGCGCUACUUAAAUUAUCUAAUGCCUGGUAAUUGAUAGACAAUUAAUAUUUUAAUUAAUAAAAUCUAACGUUUGUAAAUAAUUUGUAAAAUAAAGUUGAAUAAAAUUGCAGUGGCCAGUGUCAAGGACGACAACUUUUGUAUACAAGGGACAAAUAAGUAAAUUUGUAAUUUAAAUUUAAAUUAUUUAAAAUUUUCAUGAUCUGUGAUAAAUAUAAACGGAGAAAGUGUUUGCUCUGCAAGUAAAAAAUAUAACUACGGUUUUAUAUUUUUUACAAUUCAUCUGGUUGACUAACGAGGCUCGAUUGAGAUUAAAUAGAACAGAGUAUUAGUUGACUUGAUAUAUUUAUACGCAUAUGUAAUACAUAUGAAGAUAAUUUACAAUUAUUUUAAAAAAUAAUAAUGAUUGAGUGCGACAAUAAUUCAACGAGCAUGGAUGUUGUUUAUGAAAUGGCCACUAAUGAUAUUUGGAGGUCUUGGAAUAAUGUCGCUGAUUAUUUUGAAUAUCAACCCUGGGUAUUUUCUUUACUUGGAAGUGCUAUGGUUGGUCUUUCUGGUGUCUUCCCGCUGUUCAUUAUUCCGAUUGAUGAAGGAACAAAUCUUAAACAUGGACCUGGUGCUAAAACAUUGAAGAUGCUCCUGAGUUUUGCUGUUGGUGGCCUACUAGGAGAUGUCUUUCUCCAUCUGCUUCCAGAGGCUUGGGAAAAUAAGUCAUUAAAUGCUAAAACAGUUCAUGGGCAUCCGUCGAUGGUUUGUGGGCUGUGGGUUUUGAUUGGUUUCUUAGUAUUCAUUAUUGCCGAAAAAUUAUUUAUGGAAACUGAUGACGAAGAAGUAGACGAUGAUCAAAAUAUUGACUGCGUGAAAUUAAAAAGUCAAGAAUGCGAAAAAUUUCACAACAGUGACAGCGAAACAGAAAAUAAUAAUUUUCUGCCUGUUAAUGGUCAGAUAAAAGAAAAGGAAAAGUUAUCAAAGAAUUUAGGAUUCACUCUUCCGGGAAAGAAAGACUAUGACGUUAAUUUUGUUUCCGUUAAUUCAAAUAAAAAUGACGUAAAGUCAAAUGAUUAUAACGAAUUAUGCAGAGAAAUGCAGAGAAAAGAAUUAAUUGAUCCAGUAAAGCCGACCAAAAUUUUUAAUAAGACUUGUAUUAAAAAUGGUGGGAUAAAAACAGACAAUGUAUCAAAUAAUCCGACAUCAAACGGAAGUAUUCCGGAUAAAUUAUCAAAUUUAAAUGAACCGGUAAAAGAAAGACCGAAACAUAUCAGCGGUUAUUUAAAUCUUUUAGCCAAUUGUAUUGAUAACUUUACUCAUGGACUUGCAGUAGGUGGAUCUUUUUUGGUGUCUUUUAGACUCGGUUCACUUACGACAUUUGCAAUAUUAAUUCAUGAAAUACCACAUGAAGUUGGUGACUUCGCUAUUCUACUGAAGAGUGGAUUCAAUAGAUGGGAUGCGGCACGAGCACAACUUAUGACUGCUACUGGAGGAAUUUUCGGAGCACUUAUUGCAGUGUUAUGUUCUGGUAGUGGAGUUGAGUCCCGAACCAGUUGGAUUUUGCCAUUUACCGCAGGUGGAUUUUUACAUAUUGGAUUAGUAACUAUUUUACCAGAAUUGCUCAAAGAAUCUAAUCCAAAAGAGUCAAUGAAACAAUUAGGAGCUUUACUUAGUGGUAUUACUAUAAUGGCAAUAUUGACGAUAAUUUGUGAUUGAAAGAUAAGGAAAAGAGAUUAACAAAAGUAAUCGAUAUUCGGUUACUAAAGUUUAUAUUAUCCCAAAUAUGUUUAAAGUUUAAUCGACGGUGGGUUAGAAAUGAGUAGCUGAGAUAUACUCUAUUUUUUUAUGGAA